CGGACCGAAAUGUGGGAAUAAGCACCGCCUCAUCUUCGCUUAACAGGCAGCAAUCCUCAUAUACAAGUAUCGCGCGUUAAAGCUCACGCGAUUUCCAGCUUGGAAACUCGAAAUUCACUCGCAACAAUAUCAUUCAUUUAUUACAAUCAGGUCAAAUGGCCAGCACCUGCCUACCCCACCUUCCGGACGAGUUGUUCAUCCAAGUCCUCCAAAGCGUCGACGACCCAUUCGUGCUCUGGGUUACAUGCCGUCAAGUAUCGCAAGCCUGGCGGAAAGAAGGCGAGCGCGCAUUACAAGCCAUUUAUCUUCCCCUCCUUUGCAUCGAUUGGAGCCACAUUCGUUAUUCUGGAGAACCUGGUGGCCGGAUAGACUUCAAUUUCAUCGCUACCGCAGACGAACACUCCAUUGAUCCACAAUCAUCAACGCUCUCUCUUCUCUUACGAUCAGGCAAGCCGCAGUCUGGAGAGCUAUCUUCGCACUGGGAAGAUGUAGUUGAUUGUGAGACCUUGGAAAGAGACGCCGGAUGGAUAAGAACUUGGAACGACCGUGAAUUGUGGGGACGUCACGAUGGCUUUUUCAAGCACGCGCAGGCUAUGUGGUUUGAUACUGCAGAUGGACGGUAUACUUUCGUCGGUAGUGCCGAAACGCGCACAUUCAAACUUCAAUUUCCGGCACAAGAACAAGACGGUCGUGCCAGCUGCCGUGUCACAUGCGACUGGAAAGCGUUGAUGGAUGCACUGUUCACGGAGGAGAGAUACGUACGGCACAAACGCCCAGGCCCAUCUUUCUUUGAGCUUGGGGAGCAAGGCAUUCGCGCGCAUCUGGCCAAAGCCGAACAGGGCAUCAUCACCAUGAUUACUGCUCCCGACACAGAGUCGUCGGAAAAGGCUAUCGCGGCCGAGAGGAAGCGAUACAAAGAGAAUGUGAAGACGUUCUUACAAACGCAUUGUCACCAAAACGAGCAGUACAAAUCACUCUACGUUGCAGCGUUGCAGGAGAGGCUGUAUCGUGUAUGGAUCAGGGAUGGAACAGACCCUUACGCCGGCCUUAGUCAUACCAGCUUCGCUCAAUUCUGCGACUCCAACAAUCGACUGAAUUACGACCAAGAGCAAACUGGAUGUGGGAGGAUGAUGCAGAGUAGGCUUGACAGACUCCAAGCUUUCGCCGACGGGAUUUGGGAGAAAAGGUUCGGGAGACAGGAAGAGUUGACAAGUCAGAAGGGCCGUGUGUAACGCUCAUUGCAGUUUUGCAUAGUCCACCAAAUUCAACCAAGACAGAUCGUUCGUCUUCUUACAUACUCUCUCCUGAUCUAGUGUCGUCUGUGCUGAAGGCAGGAUAUGUUCUGG